AUGGGCAAUUGGUUGGGAAGAUUCCUUAAGAUGAAGAAGGAUAUGCGUAUCCUGAUGGUCGGUCUUGAUGCUGCUGGUAAGACUACCAUUCUGUACAAGCUGAAGUUGGGAGAGGUUGUGACUACGAUUCCUACCAUUGGAUUUAAUGUGGAGACUGUGGACUACAAGAACAUCUCUUUCACUGUGUGGGAUGUUGGUGGUCAGGACAAGAUUCGUAACUUGUGGAGACACUACUAUCAGAAUACUCAGGGUCUUAUUUUCGUGGUUGAUUCGAACGAUAAGGCUCGUAUUGAGGAUGCUAAGAACGAGCUUCACAAGAUGCUUCAGGAGGAGGAGCUGAAGGAGGCUGAUCUGUUGGUGUUUGCUAACAAGCAGGAUCUUCCUCACGCUAUGUCUGCUCCUGAGCUUACUGAGAAGCUGGGUCUUCAGAAGUUGACUGGUCGUCAGUGGUAUAUUCAGGCCUGCUGUGCUACUACUGGUGAUGGUUUGUAUGAGGGUCUUGAUUGGCUUUCUGACGUUGUUUCCAAGAAGUAAAGUGAUUUGAACUAAUAGAAAUAGCGUUUGUUAUAUU